GACGACCACGUUUGUCGCCGCGGGAGAGCGAGUGCUGGGACUAAACGCCUGGAAGCGGGGCGUGUGGAGAGGGUCUCGGAGCCGCCUGAAGCCCGGGCGACCCCCGCGGCCAGCGGGCCCUGGUGAGGACACACCCCGCCUCGGGGCGGCUUCCACGGGACAUCAGCCCAGCUACGAGGCCGGAAGUGUAGCGGGGUGGGGGGAGAAAGAAGAAGAGAGAGAUCACAAAGCCAGGUAGAGCCGCUCAAGCGGCCGCACCCUACCCUCGACCAGCAGAGGGGCUAGCACGGCAUUCCCGGCCGAAUAGCCCGCGGCUGCUCGCCCAGUACAGCGGGAACCAAGCAUGGAUCUGAAGAGCGAGCUGCUGAAGUCUAUCUGGUACGCGUUCACCGCCCUGGACCGAGGGAAGAGCGGCAAGGUGUCAAAGUCUCAGCUGAAGGUGCUGUCACACAGCCUGUACACGGCGCUGAACAUCCCUCACGACCCCACUGUCCUGGAGGAUCACUUCCGAGAUGACAAUGACGGGCCCGUCUCCAGCCAAGGCUACAUGCCUUACCUCAACAAGUACAUCCUGGACAAAGCACAAGAUGGUAAUUACGACAAGGAAACUUUCAAUGAACUCUGCUGGACGCUGACAGCCCGUAAAAACUACACGCCCUCCAAGAGCCAGAGCCUGAUCGGUGCGAGAGAGGCCUUCAUGCUCUGGUGUCUUUUCAACUUCCUGUCCGAGGACAGGUAUCCCCUGGUCAUGGUACAAGAGGAGGUUGUGUACUUGUUAAGGAAGUUGUUCACGGCGACGGGACAAGAGUGGCUUCACGAAGAGGAUCUGAGUGACCAUUUUACACAGAACCCCACCCUUGAGAGGGCAGUCACUGUCUGGCAGUUCUUGGACAUGAUAGAAUCGGGGAAGUUGACCAAGCCAGCCAGCAAGGAGUCAUUCGCUCUGGGGAUCCAGUCGGCUUAUGAGGAGUUGGUGUUGGACGUGGCGCAAAAGGGCUACAUGUGGAAAAAAGGAAUUGUUCGGCGGAACUGGAUUGAGCGCUGGUUUGUGCUGAAGGCUUGCACCAUCUUGUACUAUGUCAAUGAGGACCUCAAGGAGGAGAAGGGGGAAAUUCAGCUCGAUAAGGACACCGUGGUUGAGGCGCUCCAGGACAAGGACGGCAAGCGCUGUUUGUUCUGCAUCAAGACUGCGAAUCGAGCGUACGAGCUGAGUGCAUCUGACACCAAGCGUCGGCAGGAGUGGAUGGAGAGUAUCACCAUAGCCAUUGGGCUUCAGGCAGAGAACAAGCCGCCUCUGCACAGGGAGCAGAAGGCCCGGCGGCGGGAACACCGACAGCAAGCAGCACAGAGGAGGGAGGAGGAGGAGCAAUGCCUGGCGGUGUUGCAGCAGGAGAAGCAAAAGCAGCUGCAGGAGCUAGAGAAGCUCAGACAGGCCCAGGAAGAUGCUCAGGCCAUUUGGCACAACAAGGAGUUCCAUUGGACGGAGCAGCAGGAAGAGAUGGAGCAGGUGCUGCAGAAGCAGCUACACCAGGCUCAGGAGGACAACCUCCACCUGCAACUGGAGGUGGAGCAGAAAGAGGUGGAGGCAGGAUUUCAACGCCGCCGGAUUCAGGAGCUGGAGCGGAUGCAGCGAGGGCUGGAGCAGGCGUUGGAGGUGGAGAUCCAGGCGCGCACUAGCGAGCAUGCGGCACGCUCGGCACAGGCAAGGCUGCUGCAGGAGGAGGAGGAGAAGCUGAGGGAGCUAAUGAGUCUGAAGUCGGAGCAGGAUCUCAACCCUCUGCUCUGGCAGGAGGAGCGGCAGCAGAUGACCCACGAGGCACAAGCUCUGCAGCAAGCAGUGGAUGAGCUGAGGAAGGACCGUCGGCAUCACAAGCAGGAUCUGGCUGCGGCGAAGACAAAGCGGAGGCAGGCGAGUCGAUGUGUGAAACAGUGGAACGUGCAGCUGACCCGACUGAUGCAGCCGAUCGGGCCUGGGGCCACCCACGGUAAACAAAGAGGCAACGUCAUGAGCCACAGAGGGGAUGGAAUCUUCCUACCCACGAACCGCGGUCCCAAGGACCCCCAUCACAAGACAAGGACACGAGGAAAGGGCGACAGUCCCAUGGGCUCAACCCAGGUCUCGGAUGACUCGUCAGAAUCCGACUCUGAUGACUAUGAAAACGUGGAAGAAUAUUUGAAGAACGUGUCACUGAAGUGAUCGAUGUCAUCGUAGGAGUGCAGCAGUUAGUUGUGAUAGACUGCAGAGUGUGAGAUAAGUGUGAAUAAUGCCAGGCAGGUUUCUCACCACCCUGUGUACCAGCAAUAGACCCAGUGCUAGUUUCCACUUCCUCAGUGGAUUAGAGUACCUCCAAUUUCCAGGCAGUCUUCUGCCUUUGUGAAGCCACAUGGAGGUUGGGGGAAGCGGGAGAGACAGACUCAUCAGCACAAGUGGCACUGAUACAUCAAACCAAUGAUAAAAUAUUCCUAAAACUCA